AAUAUUGAAAUUCAAAGUCAGGUGUACUAUAGGAAGGCUGAGGAACAGUCAAUAAUAUCUGUUCUUAUACCUAUGGAUUAUAUUUUCUGAUAUUGGAAACAGGCUUUUUUGACCUGAAAUAGGUUAACGGGGCCUUAGCCUUGGACUGGUGACAUUCAUAAUAUAGCAUUGGUGCAGUUUCCUAAUUUUCUCCUUAAAAGUUACAUGUUUGAGGGGUCCAUUCCUGGCCUAGGUCCCAGGUAUUUAAUAAUAAGGUUUUUAAAAAAAUUAAUCUUACCCAUUGCAUUUGCAAGACACGACUAUACCAGUUACCAGUUGCAUAUGUGUUUUAAUUGGUUGAACAAAACAAAUUCAUUGUCUAGGGAGACCCUUAGCAAUUUUCAAGUGGUCCAUGAGAAAAAGCAUGAGCACUCCUGGCUUAAGCAAUGAAAUGUCUAGAUAUGGCUAUAUGCCACCAAAGCUUUGUGGGAUGUUCUUUUCAAUUUGACAUCCACAUUUUGAACAGAAACUUUCUUCCUGUUAAGUUAAACCGUGAAUGUUCUCUACUGUUGCUGCCUCUGUACUUUACCCUGCUGUGGAAUGUUGUGCUGCUUAACUGUUGAGGGGCCUCAAGAGGGAAGAAAGAUGACAUGGUUGUAAUGUUACUAUUUUUAAAAAAAUGCAGGUUUUCCGUUCGUAUCCACGCCACACAUUUAUGGCGAUUCUGCGUGUCAGGGCAGAUUUCUGCCGGGCCCAGCACCACACCCAGGCUGAGAAGUGAGCUGGGGUCCCCGGGGUACUACGUGCCAUAACAAAACUUUGCCUUGAAGACUCCAGACAUCGAGACAUAAGCCUCAAAUAUAUGGGGUUAUCUUCUGCACAUUGGAAACCUCUUCCUCUUAGUGACACUAGAGAAGCAAAGCCUGGCUGAACCCAAGCGGAUACAAGAUUUGCCCGUACAUUUUCUUUGUGCCUCACCAGUGCCUAAAUGUAGUAAAGGCUACCUGUUUUUUUGCAUGUAGUAGGAGACUGCAGAGUCUGAAGGAGCGCCAUCUGCAGUGAUUGAGGCUGAAGUUGAAUUCCAGCAGAUGCUCAAACUAGCUUGCUUUUAUUGAAGUGAAGAACAAACCAAGUAAACAGAAGCUCUGAUCAGUUCUCAGACACUUCAUUGGUCGUUUUUAAUGUUUUCUGCUGUGAAGCACUGCAAGAUUUGAUUUUUCCCCCAAUACACUCCCCAAUCCCUGCCACUAUGAACCGUCCCGCUCCAGUGGAGAUUACUUAUGAAAGUAUGCGCUUCCUGAUCACCCACAACCCAACUAAUGCAACCCUCACCAAAUUCACAGAGGAGCUGAAGAAGUAUGGAGUGACAACCUUGGUGCGAGUCUGUGAUGCUACCUAUGAUAAAGCACCAGUUGAAAAAGAAGGAAUCCAAGUUCUAGACUGGCCAUUUGAUGAUGGAGCACCACCCCCAAGUGAGAUUGUGGAGGACUGGCUCAACCUGUUGAAAACCAAAUUCCGCGAGGAGCCUGGCUGCUGUGUUGCUGUACACUGUGUUGCAGGAUUGGGCAGAGCCCCGGUUCUGGUUGCCCUCGCACUCAUUGAAUGUGGAAUGAAGUAUGAGGAUGCAGUGCAGUUUAUAAGGCAGAAGCGGAGGGGAGCCUUCAACUCCAAACAGCUGCUCUAUCUUGAGAAAUACCGACCGAAGAUGCGAUUACGCUUCAGAGAUGCCAAUGGUCACUGCAUUGUGCAGUAAGCAGGAGGCCCCCUGUGAAGUCUUGAUACUAUCAUGGCUGUCUUUCUGGACUUGUGGAACCUGGAAAUGUAAUCCUGGAAUUGAACAACAUCCUUACCAUAUUGGAGUUGGUGCUCCUUAGCCUUUGUCCUAAUGAUGAUGAUUGUGAUAAAAAAUAAAAUUAAAACAAAACA